AUGUGCAUACAAGUUUUCGACUAUGAUACAUUUAGUGCGGAUGACAUAAUGGGGGAAGCUGAGAUUGAUAUCCAGCCAAUGAUAGCCUCUGCAAUGGCAUUCGGAGAUGCUGGAAUGUUUGGAGACAUGCAAAUCGGAAAAUGGCUAAAAUCACAUGACAAUGCCCUGCUAGAAGAUAGUACCGUAAACAUUGUUGAUGGGAAGGUAAAACAGGCGGUAUCACUUAAACUCCAGAAUGUAGAAUCUGGGGAAAUAUAUCUAGAACUGGAGUGGAUGCCUCUUGAACAGUAG